AUGGCCCUGACGAGCGGCAGCACCGCUCCCGACGACAAGACAAGCGGGCUCGGUCUCCAUGUUGAUAACUAUGUCAUUGAACUUAAAACCCUUAAACAUGCUGAAUCUUGGGAACUAUUUUGUAAAAAGGCCUUUCAUGCUUCAAAAGAUAACAUUUGUCCUGAAAAUAUAAGAUAUUGGGCAAAUAAAAUUGUUGCAAAGUGCCAAGGAUUGCCACUGGCCAUUAUAACUAUUGGCAGUAUUCUGUCAUACCGUGACUUAAAGGAACAGGAGUGGGCAUUUUUCUUCAACCAACUUAGCUGGCAAUUAGCGAACAAUCCAGAGCUCAACUGGAUUUCCAGUGUCUUAAAGUUGAGCUUGAAUGAUCUCCCAAGUUAUCUUAGGAGCUGCUUCCUAUACUGCAGCCUCUAUCCUGAAGAUUACAAGAUUAGAAGAAAACAUAUUUCGAAGCUAUGGAUAGCGGAAGGUCUUGUGGAAGAGAGAGGGGAUGGAACGACAAUGGAGGAAGUUGCUGAGUGUUACCUUAUGGAGUUGACUCAACGCUCUCUUCUUCAGGUCACAGAAAGGAAAGCAUGUGGAAGAGCUAGAACGUUUGUGAUGCAUGAUCUUGUGCAAGAGGUUACGUCAAUCAUUGCUAAAAAGGAGAAGUUUGGUAUUGCACAUGGUGGUGCCAGUACAACCCAAAUUGCCCAUGAAGCUCGCCGCUUAUUCAUCCAAAGCAGUGCCCAGACCAUGAACUCUUUAGCUAGUUCACGGCUCCGCUCAUUCAUUUUGUUUGACACUGAAGUACCAUGUUCUUGGAUAAAUGAUAUUUUAUCACGUUUCAGACUACUGAGGGUCCUAAGCCUAAGAUUUGUCAAUAUUGAACAAGUGCCGGGCGUGGUCACAGAAUUGUAUAACUUGCGUUAUCUUGAUUUUUCAUACACAAAAGUGAAGAUUAUACCAGCAUCAUUCAGAAAACUUGUCAACCUACAAGUUUUGGAUCUCAGAUUCACCUAUGUAGAGGAAUUGCCACAGGAAAUAACUAAGCUAACUAACUUACGUCAUUUACAUGUGUUUGCAGUCCAUGAUUUUCAACAAAGAUCAUUGAGUUAUUUUGGUGCUACAAAAUUUCCUGGUAACAUUUGUCAUCUAAAGAAUCUGCAAGCUUUACAGAUUGUUUCGGCCAACAAAGAUCUGGUUUCACAACUCGGGAACUUGAAAUUAAUGAGAAGUUUGGCUAUAGUAGAAGUGCGGCAAAGCUACAUUGCAGAAUUAUGGAAUUCCCUGACAAAGAUGCCUAGCCUGAAUAGGUUGGUUAUUUCUGCAUGUGACAUGGAGGAGAUUCUUGAUUUAAAAAUGCUAAAGCCCUUAUCAAAUCUGAUUUUCUUCAAGCUCGCAGGAAAGUUGGAGGCAGGUGUGCUUCCAUCGAUGUUUUAUAAUUUUGAGAAGUUAACAUGGUUAAAAUUAGACUGGUCUGGUCUAAAGAAGGACCCUAUUAGCUCCUUAUCUCACAUGUCAAACCUCGUUUAUCUGCUGAUGUGUGGAUCAUAUGGUGGGGAGCAGCUAACUUUUUGUUCAGGAUGGUUCCCCAAGCUCAAUUAUCUGCAAUUAUCUAAAAUGGAGAAUCUGAAUUGGAUUGAGAUAGAGGAUGGAACAAUGAUGUGUCUAAAUAAUUUGGAGUUGAAUGAUUUAGGGAAUCUAAAGGAAGUACCCUAUGGCAUCAAGUACAUCAGGACACUCCACCAGAUGUAUCUGACAGAUAUGUCAAAGGAGUUUCUAGGAAGCCUGCAAGGAAGCGAGCGUCCCAUUGUUCAACAUAUAUGCAACAUCCAUAUUUUUGAAUCCUCUGAUUCUGAAGCAGUAAAUAAAUUCUGCCUUGCGACAUAUCUUGCCACGAAGUUUGACCCUGGUGCAACUAAGUAUGCCCCUACUCAUCUGGCAUGUGACAGUCAUCGAGAGUUAUUUUAUGAACCAACCGAGCAAUAUGCUGUUGAUCUUGGUGCCAGAGCUUGA